AUGUGGGCCAACUCGCCGUCCUCAUACCAUCAGCAACCUUAUGUGCAGAACAACCGCCAGUCGAUGAUGAGCGAUACCUACUCGGUCUCAUCCCAUCAAUCUUUUAAUGCUGGCGCCAUGCCUAUCAACGCACAAUACAAUCCUCACUAUCAACAACAGCAACAAACUCCUGUCAGUCUUCCAUCUCUCACCAACAUCCUCCUCAACAAUUCACCCGGGCAAUUUCAAGCGGCGACACAGCAUCCUUUCCUCCGCCUGGCCGGGCUGGGUCAGUUACCAAAGCACGUUCUGUCAAGAUGGCUGUCUCAAGACCGCCUGUAUGCUCAAGCAUACAUCGGCUUCAUCGGCAGUCUUCUCUCACGCGUUGAUCUACCUUACGUUUUCAUCAACGACAAAUCGACAAGUCUACGCUGGCGCAUCGUGAAGAUGCUGACCAACUGCCUGAACAACAUCAAUCGAGAAAUCGAAUUCUUCACCACCACGGCACAGAAAUACGGCCUGGGCCUUCAGAUACCGGCACGACCGACCGAUACUCAAUUCACCGCCGACAGCGCCACGAAGCAGUAUAUCGACCUGUUUCGCGCGUUCGUGACCGACCCGUCCAUGUCGUUGCUCGAAGGCCUCGUCGUCCUGUGGGCCACGGAAACCGUGUACCUGAGGGCCUGGAGCUACGCCGCAUCAUACAUCCGCGCGCCGUACACGACGGAGACCUCAUCACCAGCACCAAGACCACCACUUCCGUCAUCACGCCCCAGCUCGCACUAUUCCUUCACGAGCGGCGGCGGCGGUAAUGGCAACAACAACAACAUCAACACCAGCACCAGCACCACGAAUCCCGUCUUCCCACCGGCCCCAAACUCAAACUACGCGCCUUCACAAGCCGACUCGGAAGGACCCAUCCCCGUUCUCUCGGCCGAAGACCUGCCAACACAGCAGAACUUCAACACCAACCACAGCAACAGCCACCGAACCUCGUUCAACAGCGCAUCGAACCCACACAGCCCGAAUCCGAACGCGACUCCAAUGUCCCCGCCAACAACGAUCCCGAACCUCAAUCUCAGUCUCAACCCGACCAACGACCUUGACGGCGGCGCGUUGCGCAACGAAUUCAUCCCGAACUGGACGAGUCCCGAGUUCGAGGCGUUUGUGCGCGAGAUCGCCGACAUCACCGACGAGCUGGCCAGUCGCGAGGACGGCUUCGUCCGGAAACUGGACGUCUAUAAGGCUGUUUGGCGCCAUAUUCUGGAUGUCGAGAGUCGCUUUUGGCCAAAGGUUGACGGUUGA